UACCAAAAACAAACAAUAGUUCUUUCAAAUGGCCUUAAAUAUCUGCUGUCGCCUGACAAGAUGCGUUUUGCGUGCAUUAGAUAGAAGAAAUGUUGCUACAAGAGCGCUAGCAUCACAUCCACUGUGUUUACAAAAUCAGCGUGCCGUUGAUAGAACGACUAUUUGGAUGCGCAGUUUCAGUUCGGAGUCGGCUGCCGUCAUAAUUACUCACGAACAGUUAAAGAAGCUGCUCGUGGGUAGAUCAGGCGUGCUUAUAGAUGUACGAGAGCCAUGGGAACUUCGAGAAUUCGGCAGUAUACCCGGCUCCAUUAAUGUUCCACUGGGGCAGGUGACCGGUGCUCUACAGCUGAACCCAGAGGAGUUUAAGGAGAAAUAUGGAGGAGAAAUGCCGUCCGUCACUGAGAACAUCGUGUUCACUUGUCUGGCAGGAGUGAGGAGUCAGAAAGCUCUGGAUGCAGCGAUAGCUUUAGGAUACUCCAAUGUGCGGCAUUACCCGGGAGGAUGGAAGGACUGGGCUGAACAUGAAAUCCUGCAGACCAAAGAAUGACACUCACACACUCUCUUCAUCCCUGAUUCAAAUGGUUAUUAUACAGGUGCCUAAAAACCAGGACAGGAAGGACUGGACUGAGGUGCAUCUUUACUACUGUCUGAUCUUCUACUCGGGUUGCUCAGAGCUGUUCUGAAUCUGACUGUAAAUCAAUCAGUCCCUGUGCUCAGCUUUUCUCCAACGACUCGAACCCAUUGCUGCUGUUGUAGUGCUGCUGUUAUUGAUUAUAAGACUUUAUUUCUAUGAAUUAACAAUAGAUUAAGGCUGAAACUGUGCAGAAGUUCUCACCCAUGAAACCACUCCUUUAAAUACGAACGUUUGUGUUUCUUACUGUCUGUUUAAGCUCUGUCUCAUACAAACACGCAAAUAAUAAAUGCGGAAAAAAAACACGUUUGCCUGAGAGAUAUUAAGAAUAAAGUGAUUAAUAAGGAGUUGCAUGAUGUUAUACAGUACACGCUAUGCUCACCUGCCUUUAAUCUGUUCAAUCUGUGUAUCUGUUCAAUUUAAGAUUGUAUUACUCUCACCAUUUUACCAUAUAUCUACACUCCAUCACCUUCUGUACUGGGGAUCUACAGAUGGUUCCCCUGACUUUCUUAGAUGGUUUGGUGUAAAUUGGAGGCCCUAAUAGAUCUUGGUGUGUCUUUCCAAUCAAUCCAGACUUCAAUUGAGUUCUAGUCACAUCUGAAGGAUCAUUAAAGCAAACAGGAGGAACCUGAGCAGAAUUUUGUUUGAAUACUUUUUGUAGUUUUAGGUUUAUAAAGUGAAGAUGAAGGUUAGUUGGGUGUACAGGAGAUAUAAUUUAUGGUAAUAAUUUAAGGAAACAUCUAUGCAAGGCUUGAAGCAUGCUUAGGUCUAUGGUGUGAGAAUAAAUAAACACACCCCACAGAGCAUGAUCUGGCCUGUAGUGUGCACAUUGUAUUGCAUUAUUGAGCAGAGACUGAGUUUGUCAUUUUAUAUAAAUAAAAUCUGUUAAAUAAUAAA